AUGGCUAUGUCAGUGCUAGUUAUCCUGUGGUACCCGCUCUUUAUGACUAAGAAGCAUUUUCAGGUUCUUAACAUUUCCAUCCACGUCGAAGAGGGUAUUGAUGCGUCAAUGGUGCCAUUCGGGAAAAAUGGACGGGCAAUCCUCAAUCGAGGCGCUCCAGACUAUCAGAGUGUCAUUGAAGCUGAAGUAUUGAAGGGAGACAUCGAAACAUCUGCUGGGAAAGGUGCAGGAAAUGGCCGGAUGCUAUUGAUUGGUGAGACUACAUGA